AUGCCAGCCAACCUCACCGAGGGCAGCGCCAACUCCAGCGGGACCACGCGGACCCCGUGUUCUCACACGGCCGGCUGCUUCCCCACAACUCCCACGGGAGAGAUGGCAGAAGAGGAGUGGGGCUCCUUCUACUCUUCCUUCAAGACUGAGCAGCUGAUAACGCUGUGGGUCCUCUUCGUUUUCACCAUUGUUGGCAACUCCAUGGUGCUGUUCACCACGUGGAGGCGGAAGAGGAAGUCAAGAAUGACCUUCUUUGUGACCCAACUGGCCAUCACAGACUCUUUCAUAGGACUGGUGAACAUCUUGACAGACAUUAUCUGGCGUUUCACUGGGGACUUCAUGGCGCCUGACCUGGUGUGCCGCGUGGUCCGCUACCUGCAGGUUGUGCUGCUCUAUGCCUCCACCUACGUGCUGGUGUCCCUCAGCAUAGACAGAUACCACGCCAUCGUCCACCCCAUGAAGUUCCUGCAAGGAGAAAAGCAAGCCAAGGUGCUCAUUGCUACUGCCUGGGGCCUCUCCUUCCUGUUCUCCAUCCCCACCCUCGUCAUAUUCGGGAAGAGGAAGCUCUCCAAUGGCGAGGUGCAGUGCUGGGCCCUGUGGCCCGAUGACUCCUACUGGACCCCGUACAUGACCGUUGUGGCCUUCCUGGUGUACUUCAUCCCUCUGGCCAUCAUCAGCGUCAUCUACGCCAUUGUGAUCCGAACCAUUUGGAGUAAAAGCAAAGCCCACGAGAUGGUGAUUUCCAACUGCUCGGAUGGAAAACUGUGCACCAGGUACAACCGAGAGCUCUUCUCAAAGGCAAAAAUCAAGGCCAUCAAAUACAGCAUGGUCAUCAUUCUUGCCUUCAUCUGCUGCUGGAGCCCGUACUUCCUCUUCGACAUGCUGGACAACUUCAGCCUCCUUCCCGACACCAAGCAGCGCUUCUACGCAUCUGUGAUCAUCCAGAACCUGCCGGCCCUGAACAGCGCCAUCAACCCCCUGGUCUACUUUGCCUUCAGCAGCAAUGUCUGCUUCCCCCGCCGGGAGCGGAGAUCACGGGAUUCCAGAACCACCUGUCGGGAGAAGGUUGAGAGGCACGAAAUGCAGGCUGUGUCCAAGCCAGAAUUCAUCUAG